AAGCCCGGUUGGGUAGCCAUGGAGCUGGACAAUGGCACUGGCCAGGACCUGGGCUCACUACCCACUACCUGCAUCUACCGCGAGAACUUCAAGAGGCUCCUACUGCCACCUGUUUACUCAGUGGUGCUAGCAAUCGGCCUGCCGCUCAAUGUCUGCGUUAUAGCCCAGAUUUGUAUGUCCCGUCGGGCCUUGACCCGCACUGCCGUGUACACCCUGAACCUAGCCCUGGCUGACCUGCUCUAUGCCUGCUCCCUGCCCCUGCUCAUCUAUAACUACGCCUGUGGUGACCACUGGCCCUUCGGUGACUUCGCCUGCCGCCUUGUCCGAUUCUUCUUCUACGCCAACAUGCACGGCAGCAUCCUGUUCCUCACCUGCAUCAGCUUCCAGCGCUACCUGGGCAUCUGCCAUCCUCUGGCGCUCUGGCACAAGCACGGGGGCUGCCGGACUGCCUGGUUAGUGUGUGGGGCUGUGUGGCUGGUUGUGACUGCCCAGUGCCUUCCCACAGCUACCUUUGCCACUACAGGCAUCCAGCGUAACCGCACUGUCUGCUACGACCUGAGCCCGCCCGCCCUGGCCAUCCACUACAUGCCCUAUGGCAUUGCCCUCACGGUCAUUGGCUUCCUGCUGCCCUUUACCUUCCUACUGGCCUGCUACUUCUGCCUGGCCUACCGCCUGUGCCGCCAGGAUGGUCCAAUAGGGCCAGUGGCCCAGGAGCGGCGUAGCAAGGCAGCCCGCAUGGCUGUGGUGGUGGCAGCCACCUUUGUCAUCAGUUUCCUGCCUUUCCACAUCACCAAGACAGCCUACCUGGCGGUGCGUUCUACAUCCGGAGUCUCGUGCCCCGUACUGGAGACAUUUGCAACCGCCUACAAGGGCACACGGCCCUUUGCCAGCUUCAACAGUGUGCUGGAUCCCAUCCUCUUCUACUUCACCCAGAAGAAGUUCUGCCGUCAGCCACACAAGCUAAUGCAGAAAUUCACAGCCAAGAGCCAGCAGCAGGGUCAUUGA